GAUGCUGAAAUUUUUCAUAAACAAUGGAUUCCUUCAUUUCUUCGAGGAAUAAUGUGAUGAAAUCUGUAAAAGAAUGGUCCCCCCCGCACCCACAAGCCUCUAAUGCCGACGAAAGGGACCACUACGCGCUUGGUAAACGAAUCCUACUUCAAAACGAGAGUUCUGGUUCAUGUUUUCCUGAAACUUCAAAGGCUUUAGAACUACAUUUUUCAAACUAUUUGGAAGUUGUUAGCGAUAUCGGCAUUGAAGAUACAAUAGUUGAUAAUAGGGAGGAUAAUGGUGUGGACAAAAAUGUUUUAAUUGAGGGAAAUUCAACUAAAGUUGUUUUACAAGGUAUUAGAGGUGAUGUAACUAAUGAAGUGGAUGAGGAGUUUAGUGAUCCAGACUAUAAUUUGUCCGAUGAAGAUGACGAUUUCCGGGAUGUUAUUGAUGAUCAACAAGUUCUUAUUGAUGAUCAACAAGUUCUUCUGAAGAAGCUUCAAAUGACGGGGAUUAUUUAA